AAAAUAGUUUAUGCCUGCAUGAUGUAGGUUUUCUGCAUAUAUAUGUGGCUCCUAGGAGCUAUACUUUUGGUUCAUAAGACUUGUGUUACAGCUAUGGGAUCUUUUAAUCACUAUGUGAUUGUUAAGUUCAAGGAUGGUGUGGAAGUUGAAGAGCUCAUUCAAGGGUUGGAGAAGAUGGUAUCAGGAAUUGAUCAAGUCAAAUCCUUUGAAUGGGGAAAGGACAUAGAAAGCCAUGAAAUGCUAAGACAAGGUUUCACUCAUGUUUUCUUGAUGGCAUUCAAUGGAAAAGAGGAGUUCAAUGCAUUUCAGACUCAUCCAAAUCAUGUUGAGUUCUCAGGAGUGUUUUCACCAGCUAUUGAGAAGAUUGUGGUGCUGGAUUUUCCAUCUAAGCUUGUCAAAGCACCAGCAUGAUUAUUCAACCUUCCAUCUUUAAACUGCAUCUGUUAUGGUUCUUCCUAGUAUUCCUACAUGUUCUUCUGCAAUUUCAACUUCAUAAUAAGCUCUCUUUUUUUUCCCAUUAAUCAAAGUUCUAGCAGUUCAAUUGGUUAAUACUAUGAAAAUGUUUCAUGUGGAAAACAUCAAGAUCUAAUAUGUCAACACAUUUUAUAGC